AUGGGUGAGAUCAGCCAAGAGACGGUGGAGAAAUACCUGGAGGACAACCCUCAGUUUGCCAAGGCGUAUUUCGACCGGAAACUGCGGGGGGAGGCGGCGGGAGAAAUCUCGGAGCCCGGUGGUGCGCAGGCGCCGGCCCGCGCGUCCUUCCCGGGCCUGACGCUGAUGGAGGAGGCGGCCCUGUGCCUGGAGCUGCUGGAGGCCCUGCGGGAGGAGGCCGGCAGCGUGGAGCUGGCGGCGCACAAGGCCCUGCAGAGGCUGGCGCAGCUGCUGCGGGCGGACCGCUGCAGCAUGUUCCUGUGCCGGGCACGCAACGGCUCGCCCGAGGUGGCCUCCAAGCUGCUCGACGUCACCUCCACCUCCAAGUUCGAGGACAACCUGGUGGUCCCCGACAGAGAAGUUGUUUUUCCACUGGACGUCGGGAUAGUGGGUUGGGUUGCUCACACGAAGAAAACCUUCAAUGUCCCAGAUGUGAAAAAGAACAGCCAUUUUUCUGACUUCAUGGACAGACAAACCGGGUAUGUCACCAGGAACCUGCUGGCAACCCCCAUCGUGACGGGCAAGGAGGUUCUUGCUGUGGUUAUGGCAGUUAACAAAGUAGAUGCAUCUGAAUUUUCCAAACGGGAUGAAGAGGUCUUUUCCAAAUACCUCAGCUUUGUUUCUGUCAUCCUAAAGCUUCAUCAUACCAACUACUUGUACAGUAUUGAAUCCCGAAGAAGUCAGAUCCUCAUGUGGUCAGCCAACAAAGUAUUUGAAGAGCUCACAGAUGUUGAGCGACAGUUUCACAAAGCUCUCUACACUGUUAGAACAUACCUGAACUGUGAACGAUACUCCAUUGGACUGCUGGACAUGACCAAGGAGAAGGAAUUCUACGAUGAGUGGCCUGUCAAGCUUGGAGAAGUCGAGCCUUAUAAGGGUCCAAAGACACCAGAUGGCAGAGAAGUCACGUUUUAUAAAAUCAUCGAUUACAUUUUACACGGAAAAGAAGAGAUCAGAGUCAUUCCGACACCUCCUGCGGACCACUGGACUCUCAUUAGUGGGUUGCCAACAUACGUUGCUGAAAAUGGAUUUAUCUGCAACAUGCUGAACGCCCCAGCGGAUGAAUACUUCACAUUUCAGAAAGGACCUGUAGAUGAGACUGGUUGGGUCAUUAAAAACGUCUUGUCCUUGCCUAUUGUCAACAAGAAGGAAGACAUCGUGGGUGUAGCUACAUUUUACAACAGAAAGGAUGGAAAGCCUUUUGAUGAGUAUGAUGAACACAUCACUGAGACUCUCACACAGUUUCUCGGAUGGUCUCUUUUAAAUACUGACACCUAUGAGAAAAUGAAUAAACUAGUAAACAGAAAGGACAUAGCCCAGGAAAUGCUCAUGAACCACACCAAAGCUACUCCUGAUGAAAUCAAGUCCAUUUUGAAAUUUAAAGAGAAGUUAAAUAUAGAUGUAAUUGAAGACUGUGAAGAAAACCAACUUGUCACAAUUUUGAAAGAGGACCUACCAGACCCACAGGCCGUAGACCUGUAUGAAUUCCGCUUCAGCGACUUCCCCAUCACAGAGCACGAACUGAUUAAGUGUGGACUUCGGCUGUUUCUUGAAAUAAAUGUGGUGGAGAAAUUCAAAGUACCUGUAGAGGUCCUCACCAGAUGGAUGUACACGGUGAGGAAGGGAUACCGUGCCGUCACUUACCACAACUGGCGACACGGGUUCAAUGUGGGGCAGACGAUGUUCACUUUGCUGAUGACAGGAAGACUGAAGAAAUACUACACGGAUCUUGAAGCCUUUGCCAUGCUUGCUGCUGCCUUCUGCCAUGACAUUGACCACAGAGGCACCAACAACUUGUAUCAGAUGAAAUCCACAUCUCCAUUAGCAAGGCUUCAUGGAUCGUCCAUCUUGGAGAGGCACCACCUGGAGUACAGUAAGACUCUCCUGCAGGACGAGAGUUUAAACAUCUUCCAGAACCUAAAUAAACGCCAGUUUGAAACAGUUAUUCAUUUGUUUGAAGUUGCAAUAAUAGCAACUGACCUGGCUUUAUAUUUCAAGAAGAGAACUAUGUUUCAAAAAAUUGUUGAUGCCUGUGAAAAAAUGGAAACUGAAGAAGAGGCCAUCAAAUACGUAACCAUUGAUCCAACCAAAAAAGAGAUCAUCAUGGCAAUGAUGAUGACUGCCUGUGACCUGUCAGCUAUAACCAAGCCCUGGGAGGUACAAAGUCAGGUAGCACUUCUGGUUGCAAAUGAAUUUUGGGAACAAGGAGAUCUGGAGAGAACAGUGCUGCAGCAACAACCAAUUCCUAUGAUGGACAGAAACAAAAAGGAUGAACUACCUAAACUUCAAGUUGGAUUUAUUGACUUUGUUUGUACUUUUGUAUAUAAGGAGUUCUCACGGUUUCACAAAGAAAUCAUACCUAUGCUGAAUGGUCUUCAAAAUAACAGAGUGGAAUGGAAGUCCCUAGCUGAUGAGUAUGAUGCAAAGAUGAAGGUAACUGAAGAGAAGAAAAAGCAGGAAGAAGGAAAUACAACUGAAAAAGGUCAGAUGGAAUCUGUUUUGACUUCUUGUAAAGUAGCUGAAAGUCAGGCGGAGCUUAAUCUCACGACAAGAGCAUAAAAAGUAAAUGCAAACAGGAAAUUUGCCUUACUGCACACAGACUGGUAAUUAGAAGAAGUUGAUUAGUGGUUUUCAGGGUUUUUUAUCCCGCUCAAACAAGAUCUUACUUUGUAAUUCCAGAUGGAAUUCAUUGGUCCAGUUGAAGUAGGGGUUAGGUUUCUUCAUCCACUCUAGAAUAUGGCUCUUGAGGUACCUCUGCAGAAUACUGAGUUUUUAGAAAUAAUAUGAAAACCAUACAAUCAGUGGGAUCAAUCAGGAUUAGGUGAGAAAAUAAUUUUAGUCCUAACAUUAUGCAUUAGCUGUGAGACUUUAGGCAUCUUGCUUAACCUGUCUGAGCUUAAUGUUCCUCUCCAUAUAAUGAGAAGGUUUUACAGAUCUCCAGCCUCACUUCCAGACCUAAGGAAGCCCGAGAUGUAAAGCUGGUCAGCUGAUUGGGGUGACUUGACCGGUACCCCGAGACUUUGCCUAUGCUUCAGAUGUCUCUACUUAGUGCUGUUUAUCCUGAUGAAAUUUCUAUUCCUAAAGUCACUCAGUUAGGUUGAAGAUAAUCUUCAGAAAGCCUCUGUUAAGAUGCUUAGGAUCACCUAUUAGUUCAUCAGAUGCCUCAAACGUCAUCUGGAAAGUGGAAUACUAAUAUCAUGAUUUUAUAUUUUGUCUUAAGAGCUCAACACUCAAGGUUUUGUAAGAAAUUCUUUUUGUUUAACAAAGAAAUCAUCUCUAUCUGGAAAGGCCCUGUAAAAAAAAGAUGCAACAUUCUUUUUAGAUGGUUCUUAUAUUUAGUGGUAUUUUAAAGAAUUCAUAGAGGGAGAAAGCAUUUUGCUUAAAGGGUUAAGGAUAUCCUUCAACAGAAUAAAAACAGGAGUUACUGACUCUGGGAUAUAUAUCCAUUUACAUAUUUAUUGGGUGUGUAGUCUGUACGAUGGGGUCCUUAUCUCCUAGAGCUUACCACCUGGUGGGGGAGCUAGACAAACUAUCAAAUGAACAAUUGAUUAUCUAACUAUAAGUAUCGGAGGAAGCAUGAGGUAUGUACCUGAGGCAUCUGGGAAGACUUUCCUAAAGGAUGCUUAUGCUAACCGGGAAGGCUUUCUUAAAGGAUGCUUAUGCUAAACGUAAGACUACGUAAUCUUUGCCUAAGCAGAGAAAGGAGGAGGAGUUGGAGAGGAAAGAACAGAAUGUGCACAAAGGCCUUGAAGUGGAAAUAAGCUUGGUGCAAUUAAAGAACUUAAAAACUGGUGUAGCUGGAGUCUAGAGAGCUACAAAGGUGGGCAAAGUGCCAGAUGAAGCUGGGAAUGCAGGCAGCUCUGCCAGACAGUGUGUUGCCUUGAAGGCCUUGCUAAGGAUUUGUCCUCCAGAGAGCACUGGGAAAUCCUUAAAGGGAUUUAAACAGGAAAGAGAGAACAUCUGAUUUGCACUUCAAAAAGGUAACAAAAAUGGUCAUUUUUACUGGGCAAGUGAAAAGAAAAGGUAUUUCUUAGUACAGUUCAUCUUUACCUCAAUUUUAUGAUGAACAGGUUAUCAAGCCCUUUAAGUGGCUCCUAACUUUUUUUUUUUAGUUUUCAGUAUAUUGGAUAUGGAUCUUCUAUCCUUAUUUACAUAAAAAAUUACUUCCAAAUUUUUUUCCUACUACACUGAGAAGUCUCUGUAUACUAAUAUUAUUUUAUCUCCAGGCAACAAGCUUUGUGCUUGGCACAAAGCAACAACUCAGAUUCCCGGACUGCACAGUUCAGUGGUUCUUCUGUGAAACUGAGACGUUAACUGGCUAAUCAUUUAUUAGAUUUUAUUUUCUAAAUGGACUAAUUCUGAAUAUGAAUUCAAGUUUUUAAAUGGUCAAACCCUUAGUACUUGCUGUAGGUUAAAACUAUGAAGUAGGCUAUAAAGUUACACUAAUAUUAGGAAAAAACACUGUAUAUCCACUGACUCCCAAUAAUACUGCUUUUCUCCUUUUUACUAGCUGCAGAAGAUUCAGGAGGUGGUGGUGAUGACAAGAAGUCCAAAACAUGUCUAAUGCUAUAAUACAGUCCAACUGGUCUAAAUUUCAAAUACUGUUUCUACAUUUGAAGACAACGAGAAAACAUUCAAAAGAACAUCAUCAAAUUUCAUUCAUCAAACCAUCAAGUAACAGAGUAAGAGAAUCUUCAGAAAAGCUACCCUGUGACUAGCAUGAGAAAAUAUACUGCUAGCCUAAAAGUCCUGAGGGUAAAAUAAAGUUCAACAGAAGUGCAAAAUAAGACAAAAAUAAGUGCAUUUUUGGUGCCAAUUUGUUUUAAAUUAAAAAUAAUAUAAUCCUGAAAUUAGUCACCAAUUUUUUUUUUUCUUAAAGAUUCUUAUUAACUGUAUUCAUUUACUAGGGCUACUUACAGCAAAAUGCCCCAGACUGGGUGGCUUAAACAACAGAAAUUUAUUUUCUCACAAUUCUGGAGACUAGAAGUCCAAGAUUAAGGUGCUGGCAGGGUUGGUUUCUUGUGAUGCCUCUCUCCUUGGCUUGUCAAUGGCCAUCUUCUUUCUCCUUGUGAUGCCUCUCUCCUUGGCUUGUCAAUGGCCAUCUUCUUUCUCCCUGUGUCUUCAACUGGUCUUCAGUCUUCCCUCUUGUGGGUCUGCGUCCUCAUUCUUCUUAUAAGGACACCACUCAUAUAGGAUUAGGACCCACUCAUAUGACCUCAUUUUACCUUAACUACCUCUUUAAAUGCGCUAUCUACAAAUACAGCUGCAUUCUAAGGUACCGUGGUCAGGAUUUCAACAUAGGAAUUUCAAAUGGGACACAAUUCAACCCAGAACAUUAAUAAUAAUGAUUCACACCUCACAUCCCUUCCUGAAUCAAAAGUCUCUCGUCAACAUGUCUUAAUGUAAGAGUAAAUAGAGUAUAGAAUGUGUAACGUAUGUAAGUACUAUAUAAGAAACAAAGAAAAAGGAUGUUAAAUGUUAUUCCAUCUGAAAUGCUUCUUUCCUCCACUUUUUACCCUUGAUACUAGUAAAGACCACACCACUUGUAGCAGCUUAAAAGUACAUCGUCAUCCUACACCCAUCCUUUCCCCCAAGUCUGAAAUCAAUUAUUUUAUGUGUAACUAAGAAUACAUUCUUACAUUCAGAACUAUUCUUCUCACUGAAAGAAUUAUCAAUUUAUAAGACAUUACCUGGAUAAUCCCAAUGCAAGUUAAAUCAGCUAAUAAAUAUUAUGCAUUAUUAAGAAGCAUGUGAUUUGAUUAUGCAAAAACUACUAUCAAAAACAGUUCAGAAGGACUUUUAACAGAGAUUACUUUUAAAAAUGAUUACUAGGGGGCUUCCCUGGUGGCGCAGUGGUUGA